AUGGAACAAACCCCCUUGCCGACCACCAUUCCUGAGGUGGAACAGCUCAUCUUGGCACUAUAUCAACCGCAAAAUACGCCAGCAGCUAUUGCCAACAUUCAAGAUGUUUUGCAGUGUCUGCAGAAAUCUCCACAGGGAUGGCAAGUUGCCAAACAGCUUCUCGACCAACCCUCCCGGGGCAACCAGGACGACCAGAUCAGAUUCUUUGGUGCCUUGACCAUUAUCAUCAAGCUCAACACCGAGAGGCAUGUCCCACACUCUAGCCUCACCGACGACGAUGCCCAGGAACUUCUACAGAGCCUUUUACAGUGGCUGAUCUCCGCCGCCACCGGAGGCUCGGGUGCCCUUGUUGUUCAGAAGCUUUGUCAUGCCCUGGUAUCUUUCUUCGUCCAGUUCUCCCACCUCUGGCCAAACUGUGUCCGCCAUGUGCUCGUCUGUCUCAACGAGAAGCGCAACGUUCCUCUUGAACUGGUCCCCCAGCCGUCAGAAGUUCCGCAGCUUGCCAGGGCACUGCCCUGGGAGUUGCUCCGUGCCAUACCAUCGUUCCUAGCUAAGCUCGUCGAAGAUGUUGGCAAGACUGAUAUGAACGCCAUCAAGCAUACGAGCACACAUCGCCGGCUCAUCGAAAAUGCCCAAGAUGCUACGGCGCUACUUAGUGUUUGUUUGGCACCUCCCCUAUCUAACCAAGACCAUGUAGAGGCAAUCAAGAAAGAGACUCUUGACUGUAUACAGUCUUGGAUAUUUUAUGCCCAACGUGUAUCCUCAAAUACCGAAGAGCUUGUCACUCCUUUGCGGACCCUUGUCGAGCCAACCAUCAAUUGUCUAGCAAACGAGUCAUCGUAUCAAGCCGCUGUCGAGCUUCUGACAGAAGUCCUGUCCAAUUACUCGAGAUUCUUCACCGAAGACCAAUAUGCGAUGCUUGCAUCCAUCUUUGAGAGCCAGUGGGCUCAACAACUAUACAACAGGCUGACAGCCGGAGACUACGAUGAUGUCGACGUCCAUCCGUUGAUGUUUGGCCUCUUCAUGAUUGCGUACGGCGACGCGAAGGUCUUGGAGCUCAUGCAAUCCCCAGACCAGCGUUCUCAGCAGUUUCUUUCAGGUCUCUGCGGCCUCUUGGGGACACGCGGAUAUCCAGUGGCGGAAGACAAGAUCUUUGUACCCGCGCUCGAAUUCUGGUCGACUUUCAUCGAGACCAUGACCGAUUCCCUAUAUUCCGACGAGGACGCGGCGAAAGUCUGGAGACACACAGCACUCGCCCAUGUCAUGCAAGUGGUUGGGGCCUGCUGGAAGAAAAUUCAGUAUCCGUCCAUGGACACGUUCUUGUCUUGGGACUCGUCUGAGAGGGCCGGCUUUGGUGAUGCGCGCAAAGACGUUGCUGAUCUUCUGCAGACCACAUACUCCAUCUCUGGCCAAGAUCUGAUCUCCCUCUUUGUCGACUUACUCCUUCAGUCGCUCCCUACUAAAUCUUGGGCAGAGAUUGAGGCGGCUGCGUUUUGUCUUUCUUCUCUGAGUGACUGCAUCUCUGACGAGGGCAACUGUGACGACCUCCUGAGCCGCGUGUUCUCAGCGCCCCUCUUUGACCUUCUGAGCCAGAACCAGGGCCCGAUCCCGGUAAAGCUGAGGCAGACAGCAUUAUCGCUGAUUGAGAGGUACUCUGAGUACUUUGAGAGGCGCUCAGAGUAUCUACCUGCUGCUCUGAGUCUCUUAUUCGAUGCUGUCGGGGUGGCGAAUCUUGCUGGGCCUUCGUCCAAGUCUAUCGCCACUCUUUGCUCAUCGUGCAGGUCGACCUUGACAAGUGAGGCUGGAGCUUUUCUGGGUCACUACCAAACUUUGCACACGAUGCAAAAUUUGGACCCCUUGGCUGAGGAGAGGAUUGUCGCUGCUAUUGCUUCUAUCAUACAGGCUAUUCCAGAAGAGACUCGAAGGCUCCAGGCUUUUGAGCAACUCUUCGGCUUGCUCAGGACUGAUAUCAACAGAUGUAUACAGCUUCUGCACAAGCCAGGCACGGCCAAUACUGAAGAGCCGUUGCUUCAGAAAGGCUUUACCCAGUGCCAGCCCAAAGAUGGCCAGGCACCGGGGGUAAACGAGGUGUUGCUGCAGAUAGUCCAUCUCUCGAUGCGAUGUUUGGCUAGUAUGGCCAAGGGAAUGCAGGCCACCUCUGACGGGCCUGUGGAUCUGGAAGCAGACUCUCCCGACAAGAAGGCAUCUCCAAGCCAGCAUCUCCUCCAUGUCCAGAGCCAGGUGAUGGCAUUGAUGGUGGAAGUGCAGUCGGCCUUUCCCAAGAGCGGCGAGGUCGUUGAUACAAUCUCCCGAGAUGGUUUCGGAGUUCUUCACACGGCAGAGAUUCGAGACACCAAGGAUAGGCGUUCUAGUCAGCACUGCGUGCUGUUUUGUGAGCGCCUUGAGCACCUAUCCCAAGGAGCAGGUGAAGCAGAAUCUGACUACUCUUCUCCCAUGGGUGGUCUCACUGCUCCAUUCGCUGCCAGAUCAGAACCGGAUGCAGAUACAGAAUUGGCCCAGAACGGCAUCGACUUUGUCUCUCGACUGAUGACCAAACACCCCGAGGUGCUGUUCCAGAUCCAGCCGACCUCGAUGCUCGAGUUCUUCUUCAUGUUCACCCUCAAGGUGCUGAACGGCCAUGAACCGUUGCCGAAAGCUUCUUCGGCCGACUUUUGGGUAAGAGCACCCUCCUCUUUUCUCAUUCAGCUCUAUUCCCAUUCAGAGAACUUGGUGACUAACAUCUCCUCUUCUCCCUCCCUCUCGCAGACGAGCUUCAUCACCCUCCGGUCCGCCGACGCCGGCCUCCAGUCGUCCAUCGACGGCGCCAUGGAGCACCUGGGCCCUUUGCUCGCGCAGGCCCUGGUGCAGAACAUCGGCGGCGGCGCCUCGCGCAGCGAGCUCGACCGCCUCAGCGACCCGCUUAAGAAGCUCGUCGUCUCGCACGUCCGGGCACAGUCGUGGCUCGAGCGCGCGCUCGCCGACCCGUCGUUCCCCAGCGACAAGGUGUCGGCGCAGGACAAGAGCGUCUUCCUCAAGCGGAUUGUCAAGUAA